GACUUUUCAAUCCCAUCAGAUAUUGAAAGGGGGGAGAAAAAACUUCCCCGCUUGAGGGCGAAAUCAGACUUUUGGGGACGGCGAGUUCGAAAGCCUUAGGACCUGGUCUCUUCCUGCAACAUGCAGAAAUGUCAGAAGAGGCAGACGUGGAUGUGAGAGACAGAGACGCAGCGAGAGACAGAGAGCAAGAGAGGGCACGAGACGGCGCUUCGAGAGCCACCAGCAGUCGCAACUCCAUGCAGUUCGGCACCAGACCUGCAAGUGCUGAGCCUGGCUUCAUGGGGACAUGGCAACAGAACGCUGACAGCAACCUUCUCUUCAGAAUGUCCCAGCAGGCCAUCCGCUGCACUCUAGUGAACUGCACCUGUGAGUGUUUUCAGCCGGGCAAGAUCAACCUGAGGACAUGUGACCAUUGCAAGCACGGCUGGGUAGCCCACGCGCUGGACAAGCUGAGCACGCAGCACCUGUACCACCCCACGCAGGUGGAGAUCGUGCAGUCCAACGUGGUGUUCGACAUCAGCAGCCUGAUGCUGUACGGGACCCAGGCGGUCCCAGUGCGGCUGAAGAUCCUGCUGGAUCGCCUCUUCAGCGUGCUCAAGCAGGAGGAGGUUCUGCACAUCCUGCACGGUCUGGGCUGGACCCUGAGGGACUACGUCCGGGGAUACAUCCUGCAGGACGCUGCGGGCAAGGUGCUGGACCGCUGGACCAUCAUGUCCCGGGAAGAGGAGAUCAUUACCCUGCAGCAGUUCCUGCGGUUCGGGGAGACCAAAUCCAUCGUGGAGCUGAUGGCCAUUCAGGAGAAGGAGGGCCAGGCUGUUACCGUGCCCUCCUCCAAGGCCGACUCUGACAUCAGGACUUUUAUCGAGAGCAACAACCGCUCGAGGAGCCCCAGUCUCCUGACACACCUGGAGAACAGCAGCCCCUCCAGCAUCCACCAUUUUGAGAACAUCCCCAACAGCCUGGCCUUCCUGCUCCCCUUCCAGUACAUCAACCCGGUCUCGGCCCCCAUGCUGGGCCUCCCGCCCAACGGGCUGAUGAUGGAGCAGCCGGGGCUCCGCCUCCGCGAACCCAGCCUGCCCAAUCAGGGCGAGCCGCUGGACACCAGCGACUCGGAGGUGUCGCUCUCGCCCUUCCGCAACGGACAGAGCCCCAGCCAACAGCGGGGAGGCGGGGCCAACAGCGUCUCAAACGUGAUCGAGCCGAAAUCCGAGCCGGCCAGCGCCUCGCCUAUUUCCCCCGCCCCCUCAUCGCAGACGCCCCAGCAACACUCCUCCUUCUCCUCCAAGAUGCACCGCAUGCGACGGAUGGGCUCCACCUCCCGCAAGGGCCGGGUGUGCUGCAACGCCUGCGGCAAGACCUUCUACGACAAGGGCACGCUCAAGAUCCACUACAACGCCGUGCACCUGAAGAUCAAGCACCGCUGCACCAUCGAGGGCUGCAACAUGGUGUUCAGCUCGCUGAGGAGUCGGAACCGCCACAGCGCCAACCCCAACCCACGACUGCACAUGCCCAUGCUGAGGAACAACCGCGACAAGGACCUCAUCCGCUCCAGCGGAUCCGGCACCCCGGUCAUCUCCAACGCCAAGAGCGGGCUGACCCUCACCAGCCCAGGCAGGCCCCCCCUGGGCUUCGGCACCCCACCCCUGGAUCCCUUGCUGCAGUCGUCCCUCCAGAACCCCCUCGUGUUCCCCUCCUUGAAGUCGGUGCAGCCGGUGCAACCGGUCCCACCCUUCUACCGCACACUCCUGUCCCCCGGUGACAUGGUCAGUCCUCCCGUGUCCCUACCCACCAGUCCCAUAAUGCCCUCUGCCACCAACACCUCGGCACUGAUGGACCAUCAGGGCCCAGCUCCCAGCUCCCACAAUCCUCUGGUGUCCGAGGCAGGGCCUUUGUCCCACAGACUGCACCACCCCAUGCCCCAGGACCCCGUGGUCGACCCCAUGCCCAAGAAGAAGCCCCGCAAGUCCAGCAUGCCCGUCAAGAUCGAGAAGGAGGUCAUCGACGUGGGGGACGAGUACGACGAGAAAGACGAGGAGGAUGAGGAGGGGCGGCCGCUCAACGGGUUGCCCGGCAACCAGGGCAGCCACCUGCACUGCCACCAGUCCCCGUCCCAGGAUGAGAUGAGCCCCGGCAUGGCCCUGAAGACCAUGCUGCGGCCAGACCAGGAAGACUGCCGGGGAGGGGGCUCCUCGGGGGAGCUCCGCUGCAUGGACAGCUUCACCUCCGAGGACCAGGACCACGAGCGGGACUUCGAGAACGAGUCGGAAACCUCUGAGUCCAAGAUGUGCUGCGGCGACGAGAUGAUGGACCACGAGGACCACCACCGUCACAUGGGCAUGAUCGGGAUGGACCACGACCGGGACCGCGACCACGACCUGGAGGAGGCCCACCUGAGGAAGGAGAUGGAGGAGAAGAACCACUCCCUGCCCUCCCCGCACCAACCCGUCAUCAAGAUCAAGGAGGAGCUGAGCGACCCCACCUACGACAUGUUCUGCAUGAGCCAGUACGGACUGUACAACGGGGUGGGUGGAAUGGCGGCCGCGGCCGCGGCAGCCAGCAUGGCCGCCCUGCACGAGAGCUUCGUCUCCUCCAUGAGCUACGCCGCCAGCCCGCCAAAGUUCUCCUCGCACUCCUCCGAGGGGGAGCUGUGCUCCAGCCCCGACCCCAAGAUCUGCUACGUCUGCAAGAAGAGCUUCAAGAGCUCCUACAGCGUGAAGCUGCACUACCGGAACGUGCACCUGAAGGAGAUGCACGUCUGCACCGUGGCCGGCUGCAACGCGGCUUUCCCCUCGCGACGCAGCCGAGACAGGCACAGCGCCAACAUCAACCUCCAUCGUAAACUGCUGACCAAAGAGCUAGACGACCUGGUCCUGGAGCCGCACCACUCCCCCCUGCCACGCGACCUGCGUGACGACUUCCUGUCCAAGCUCUACGGCGGGCACCACCUGCACCACCACCCCCACCUGGGGCUGGACGCCAUGGGAGCGGGGGCGGGCGGGGCCGCCAGGAGGGGGCCGGGCCGGGACCACGUCAGCUCGCCGGCGGGGCCGGACUACGGCCACGCUAACGGCUACUGCCGCCUGCCGCCCGACGACUACAUGGUGCUGGACCUGAGCACGGCGUCCAGCGUGCAGUCCAGCAGCAGCGUGCACUCCUCGCCCGAGUCGGACGAGUGCAGCGACGAGGGCAUCCUGCUGGACGACGUGGAGGGCCCCAGCGACGGCGAGGACUGCCCCCGGAGCGCCGAGGGCCCGGGGCCGGACGGCGGCGGGGGGGGGGAGGGGGGAGGGGGCGGUUGCCGUGGCGGCGGCGGGGCGGGGCGGGGGUGCGAGGGCGUGCUCCUGGAGCCCUCCGCCUCCAUGCUCUCGGCCAACGGGGGCAUCCUGUGCAACAUCUGCCACAAGCUGUACAGCAACAAGGGGACGCUGAGGGUCCACUACAAGACGGUGCACCUGCGCGAGAUGCACAAGUGCAAGGUGCCCGGCUGCAAUAUGAUGUUCUCCUCCGUGCGGAGCCGCAACAGACACAGCCAGAACCCCAACCUGCAUAAAAACGUGCCCUUCGCCUCCAUGGUCGAUUAA